CAGCUCUCGUGGCGCGUAGACGUGUGCCGUUUCGCGGACGGCAUUCCCCGUCGGCUGUUUCAUUUGGAAGUUCUUAAGUAACGCAAAACAAUAGUCUCCCCCCCCUCGCACGCACGCACACAUACGCGGAGUAGUAAAGAGGUAAAAUUUAAUUUGUGAUUUCUUUUCGGUGGUGAUUUUUUUUUGCUCGGUGGUAUUCUUAACGCGAGUUUAAGGGCAGUAUUUUAUCUGGCCCCCUUCCGUUCGGGCAAACAAAGAAUCGGUCGGUGCAUUGAAAAGUGAAGUGUACAGGGAAAAAAAGUGUUGCUUGCCAUAAAUUCCACCGAGCCUCUCGUCGGUACUACACAUUCACUAUCGAUCUCAGCCAACCGUUGUGACCCAGUGAGAAACACGCACGUGAAAAGUGCGGGAGCCCGCGUGCUGGCGUGCUUGUGUGUGUGUGUGUGCAUGUGAGCUGGGGCGUACAGGUGGUGCCUGAAGAAGAAAUGUGAGGCUUCCCCGAACCAAACGCAUUUAUCGCAAUUUUCGCACGACGUAAGCGUCAGCAGUGUUGUUGCUAUCGUGGUUCUAGAGCGUUUGCCGUGGCCGUGAGAUGAAGUGUGUGCGUGUGUGGCCACAGCUGGUGAGAAUUGAAUGCGAGUGCGUGUGAGCGCUCGCCGAAAGUCGUCGCCGGUUGGAGCGGUUGUUUUUCCUUUCAAAGUGCAGUGUGCAGCAAUAUUGUCGCAAUAGUUCGGUCAAAGGUGGCUACGAUGGUGCGAGCGGUUCAGCCAAGAUGUUGUCCAUCGCUGUGACGUCACACGACGCACGGCAGCGCUGGAAACGCUAGAACUGCUCACGAAUACCACAACACAUAGGUGGUGGUGGUGUAUUUUGGGCUCCAGAAUUGGAACCCUCAUCGCACCUUCUGACGAAGAGCAAGUGCAGGAGGGAGUAAGAAAGAAAGAACGAGAGAGAGCUAACACGGGAUAAUCGUUAAAAAAAAACACGCGAAGAAGGCAAAACAUAACCCCAAAACAGCAGCAGCAGCACCACCAACAACCAUCAUGUCGUCGACGGAGUUGUACGUAAAGGAUGCUCGGGUAUGGAUUCCACAUCCGGAAACGGUUUGGGAAGGUGCAGUGGUUGCGCAGGACUACAAGCAGGAUGAUAAACAGCUGAAGCUAGUCACCGACCGUGGGGUAGAGCACACGGUCCAGCUACAGAGUGCAAGCGAUCUUCCACCGCUACGCAACCCGGCCAUCCUGAUCGGACAGAAUGAUCUCACCGCCCUGUCGUAUCUGCACGAGCCGGACGUGCUGUACAAUCUGGAGGUACGGUUCUGUGACCGGCAGGCCAUCUACACGUACUGCGGCAUCGUGCUGGUUGCCAUCAACCCGUACGCCGAGCUACCACUGUACGGUGCCGAUCUCAUCCGAGCCUACCGGGGGCAUGCGAUGGGCGAACUGGAGCCCCACAUCUUUGCCGUAUCGGAGGAAGCGUACGCCAAGCUGGAGCGGGAAAAGUGUGACAUCAGCAUCAUCGUGAGCGGUGAAUCGGGUGCCGGUAAAACGGUGUCCGCCAAGUAUGCGAUGCGAUACUUUGCCGCGGUCGGUGGCAGUGAGUCGGAGACACAGAUCGAGAAAAAGGUUCUCGCCAGCAGUCCGAUCAUGGAAGCGAUCGGGAAUGCGAAAACAACGCGCAACGAUAACAGUUCCCGGUUCGGAAAGUUCACGAAGCUGCUGUUUCUGAACAACCAUUCGAUGGCACUGACCGGUGGUACGAUGCAGACGUAUCUGCUGGAGAAAUCGCGCGUCGUGUUUCAAGCGCCGGGCGAACGGAACUAUCACAUCUUCUAUCAGCUGUGUGCGGGACGCGAUCAAUGGCCCGAGCUGAUGCUGGAUCAUCAGGAUAGGUUUCACUUUCUAAAUCAGGGAGAAUCGCCCAACAUUAACAAGCUGUCGGAUAAGGAUCAGUUUGAGGAUACGCUCACCGCGCUCAAGACGCUCGGGUUCGAUGAUGCGGAGAUCGGGGACAUUAUGAAGGUGAUCGCUUCGGUGCUGCACCUGGGCAAUGUGGUGUUCAACCACCGACAGAAGAGCCAAUCGCAGGAGGUGGACAGUGAGGCGUGCUCGAUCGCGGGCAACGAUCUGCACCUGAACGUUGCCUGUGACAUACUGCAGCUUGAUCGGGCCGAGCUGCGCAAGUGGCUCGUCACGAGACAGAUCGAGUCGAUGAACGACAGUGUGCUGAUCCCGAUGAACAAGCAGAUGGCAGAAGCGACCCGCGACGCGCUGGCGAAGCACAUCUACGCGGAGCUGUUUCAGCAUAUUGUGCAGAAGAUAAAUCGAAAUUUGGCUGGCGGCAAGAAGCAGAACUGUUGCUUCAUAGGCGUGCUCGACAUCUACGGCUUCGAAACGUUCGACGUCAACUCGUUCGAGCAGUUCUGCAUUAAUUACGCCAACGAGAAGCUGCAGCAGCAGUUCAAUCAGCACGUGUUCAAGCUGGAACAGGAGCAGUAUCUGCGGGAAGGCAUCGAGUGGAAGAUGAUCGACUUCUACGACAACCAACCGUGCAUCGAUCUGAUCGAGUCGAAGCUCGGCAUUUUGGAUCUGCUCGACGAGGAGUGCCGGAUGCCGCGGGGCAGCGACGAAUCGUGGGUGGGCAAGCUGAUGGAAAAGUGCAGCAAGUACAAGCACUUUGACCGGCCCCGGUUCGGGACGAGCGCGUUCCUGAUCAAACACUUCUCCGACACGGUGCAGUACGAGUCGCGCGGCUUUCUCGAGAAGAACCGCGAUACGGUGUCGCGCGAGCUGGUUAGCGUGCUGAAAGCGUCCGGGAUGCGUUUGUGCCAGCGGUUGAUGCUUGCCCAGGAGGAAGGCCACUCGGAGGUGGAUGCGAAAGCGCAGGCGGCCGGUGUUAAGAUUAUGGUCAGUGCGGCAAGAAGUCAGUCGGCGGAGAAGAAGAAAAAGCCAAUGACUCAGAAACAGCAAAGGAAAACGGUCGGUUCCCAGUUCCGCGAGAGCUUGAGCCAGCUGAUAACGACGCUACACAACACGACCCCACACUACGUGCGCUGCAUAAAGCCAAACGAUGACAAGGCACCGUUUAAAUGGGAAGCACCAAAGAUCGUACAACAGCUGCGGGCUUGCGGAGUGCUGGAAACGGUACGAAUAUCCGCCGCCGGGUUUCCAUCGCGCUGGAAGUACGAAGACUUUUACGACCGCUACCGGUUGCUCUGCAAGCGGCUGCAGAUCGUCGACUGGCACGUGAAGGCAACCUGCACGAACAUUGUGCGCAACUGGCUGCACGAUCCGGACAAGUAUCGGCUGGGCAACACGCAAAUCUUCUUCCGUGCCGGGCAGGUCGCGUACCUGGAGCAGGUGCGAAGUGACACGAGAAAGAAGCACAUCAUCUUGGUACAGUCGCUGAUACGGCGGUUCAUCUGCCGGAGACGGUAUCUGCGGCUCAAGCAAACUGCGCUUGGUUUGCAGCGGCACGCCCGUGGCAUGUUGGCAAGAAAACGUGCUGAUAAUCUGCGCAAGAAUCGUGCGGCCGUGAUCAUUCAACGCUACACACGCGGCUGGUUGCAGCGCAAAAAGUACGUCGCGAUCCGGAAAGCGGUGUUGGGGCUGCAAACGCGUGCCCGCGGCUUCAUGGCACGGCGCAAAUUUCACGCGGUGCUGGACAACUAUAAAGCCACCCAGAUACAGCGCUUCUGUCGUGGCUAUCUGGCCCGCCGGCGGUACCGUGCUCGGUUGGCCAACAUCAUCAAAUGUCAGGCCGCCGUACGCCGGUUCCUGGCGCGGCGUGCUUUCAAGAAGCUGAAGGCGGAGGCACGCACCGUCGCCCACAUCCAGAAGAUGUACAAGGGUCUCGAGAACAAGAUCAUUGAGCUGCAGCAGCGGUACGACGCACUGGCGAAGGAAAAUGCCGCCCUCAAGAAGCAAAACGUGGAGGUGGUGGAGAUGCGCCAGAAGCUGGAGGGCAUGAAACGGUUGGAGAGCGAGCUGAAGCUGCUACAGCUGCAGCUGAUCCAGAAGGACGAGAAGCUAAUGCUCUCGAUCAGGCAGCUCGAGGGCGAACGCGAUGAGAAGAUGCAGCUGCUGGAAGAGCGCCAGCGCGAAGGGGAAGACCACCAACGGGAGCGGGAAGCGCUCGAGCAGGAGCUGGCUAAGGUGCGGCGCGAGGUGACGGAGAUUAGCGCCGUGACGCAGAUCGAACGUGCCCGGCUGGUGUCGCAGGCGGACACGGAGGAGAUACACGCCGCCUACCAGCGCACGGUGAAGGAUAAGGAUGCGCUCGAAAAUGAAAAUGUGGCUCUGCGGCAGGAGGUUCGUCGGCUGCAGCGCGUGAUGGCGGAUUCGCAUGAGCUGAAAACUCAUUCACGUUCCGUCAGCAAUGCGUCCAGCACGAACGAGGAGGACUACGGGUACACGUCCGGGCGCAACACGCUGGACAUUCGGCGUGCAUCGCCCCACCCGUACGAAGGUGAUGUCGCAGGUGUCGCUAGUGGCGGGAGCCUUGUUCGGGGGGCUCCGCGCAGCGGCAGUGGUUCUGUUAGUAGUAAUUAUAGCGUUAGUAGUACAAUUGUCGCUAGUCAUGGUGAGCGGAAGGAUGAGAAGAAGCAUCCUUUCGUCGAUUACGAACGGGUGUAUCGAACACCGCCCGAUUCGAUUGGUAUGCUGAAAGACCCGUCGGAUUCGACUGUAGGCGAAUCACCACCGGAAAACGACCAAACGGCCAUCAUUUUACGCAUGCGCAAGCUGUUCGAGGAAGAAAAGGGCAAGAGCGACCAGCUGCGCAAAGAGCUAGCCCGGCUAAAGAAGUCUUCCACCUUCAGCACGGAAGACUCGAUCCGUGCGUCCGAGCUGGAGGUUGAGAAUGAGAAGCUACGGCAGGACUAUAACCUUCUCCGCAACAGCAUCAAGCGUGGCGUCGAGUCGCGCGAAAUGGACGCCCAGUACGGUGCGCUGCAGGAGGAACUGAAGCGCCGCCGUGAAGAGUGUAUCUCGCUGAAGGCGGUCCUGGCGCAGCAGAGCCAAUCGCUGCGCUCCCUCGGCCAGUCGGUGAACGGCGAAACUAGCCUCCGCAUACACGACGAAGGCGAGCUGAUGGAAGCGUUCCAGGCGCAAAAGUUGGUCAACCGACAGCUCGAAUCGGAGCUGCGCGCGAUAACGGACGCGAACAACGAAACGCUGGUCGAGAACAAUCGCAUUAUCGAUGGGCUAAAGUCGGAGAAUGGAGAGCUGCAGACGAUCCUGCAGCAGCGGGUCGAACGGGUCGGGGAGGAGGUGGACGUGGAGACGGUGCGCCAGAAUGAGCAGUAUCUGCGGCACGAGCUGAAGAAAUCGACCGCCGCGUAUGUGGAGCUGCAGGAGCAGCUGAACGAGCUGCUGGCGAAGAACAACGAGCUGCUGAAGAAGAAUAACAUUCUGUCGAAUCGAUUGCGCGACCACGGGCUGAACGAUUCCAUCCUGAUGAACGACGAGUUCCACAGCAUGGUGGCGGUGGUGAAGAAGCAGACGCAAUCGUUCCAGGGCAUUCUGAAGUAUCGGCAGGAGGACGAGAGUAAGAUCCUGCAGCGGUUGGUGACGGAUCUGCAGCCGCGGGUGGCAGUGACACUGGCGCCGAACUUACCGGCGUACGUGGUGUUUAUGUGCGCGCGCUACACGGAUCUGGUCAAUAUGGAUCAGCUGGUCAAGUCGCUGUUGACGCGGUUCGUGCAAGUGCUGAAACGGCGCUACCGUGGUGCGAACUCGGUCGAAGUGCGGGUCAUGUGGCUGGCCAAUACGCUCACCCUACACAACCUAAUGAAGCAGUUCGGCGGAUACGACGAUUACAAAAAGUUCAACACGGACGUACAGAACGCGCAGCAGCUGAAGAACUUCGAUCUGGCCGAAUACCGGCAGGUGAUACACGAAACGAUCGUGUCGAUGUACAGCGUGCUGAUACGGCAGAUACAGGACAGCUUGAAGCAGUACAUUGUGCCCGCCAUUUUGCACCACGACGAAACGGCACGGGGCAAGAGCCGUCGCACGAUGUCGCUCGACAUCUCGCCCGAGCAGGGCCGUUCCGAGCCGGAGCUGCUGGUGCAGCAGCUUGACUGUCUGUACAAUCAUCUGAGCAGCUUCGGGCUGGAGGGAUGCUACAUUGAGCAGAUCUUUACCCAGCUGAUGUACUACAUCUGUGCCGUGUCGGUGAACAACUUGAUGCUGCGCGGUGAUCUCUGCAUGUGGAAGACGGGCAUGAAGCUGCGGUACAAUAUGGGCUGCCUGGAGGGAUGGGUGCGCUCGAUGAAGAUGGUACCGGAGGUGAUGAAGCCGUUCCUGCCGCUCAACCAAAUCUCGUCCCUACUGCAGGCACGCAAAACGGAGGAGGACGUGCAUACGCUGCUCGAGCUGAGUACGGCCCUGUCGACGGCACAGGUGUUGAAGAUCAUUAAAUCGUACAAGACGGAUGAUUGUGAAAAUCAGAUCAAGCCGGCAUUUAUCGAGAAGCUGACACAGCAGCUAAAUCUCCGCUCGGAGCAGCGCGAGUCGGACACGUACAUGAUGGCGGAGGAGAUGGUCAGCCCGCUGAUGGUGGUGUUCAAGUACAGUGAAGUGAAUCUGGAGGAGAUCGACAUACCGCCCGAGCUGAAUCUGGACGGAUUGGUUACCAAGAUCUAGGAUCUAUUGCUUCGCAUUCGUUAAACGAUCCUACUUACGCUACAUUACGUUAAGAUUGUUAAACUAUCGGAACAGUGCCUGGGGAAGAGCUUUGGAGAGGCGCCAUUUGUUAUUUGAACGUCGUGAUGCUUCUCAUUCGGGUGUCGGACGACGGAGGUUGUAGGAAGCGCGAAAUUACCUGAACGAAAGUGCAAUUGGAGUUUUGUCCUCGAUUCGAAACAAUCAAUCAAUCAUUUCCCGUACUGAUCGUUAGGGGCCUUUGUUAAGUUUUUCGCUGUAAGUUUGGGAAGCCGCGAUGGACUGAACUCGACUGGGACUUUUUGGCGAAACGUGUGUGCCUAAGCACAUCGAUCGUGCUCGCGAUCGGUGGACGAUUGACUGUAUCACUGUUUUGUUUAGUAUCGAUCGAUUGGUGGAACGCCCAGCUCCGGGUUUCUUUCCCUCCGUUGUGUGAUUUGUUGACCGAAUCGACGGGAGGAAACGUGGAAGGAAAGCAAGCGAGAGUUAACUCAGUAAAAUCUGCAAAAGCAUUUCAAAUAACUUAACACACACACACUCACACACUUGCAUUUGUAAAAUGAGCAAGUAAGCGUAAGCAAACACACAGUGUUUCUUGAUAUAGAGUGAUACGUAUUUAGUGGAAGCGGGGUUAAUAUGCAUCAUAUUUACAACACAACGUUUGCAACGAGCGUAUCGAGUUGUAAAACUAAGCUAUCCACCCAACUAGAGACAGUUUACAGCUGAAUUGUUAUUAGGAAAAUGUAGUGAGCAAGAUUAGGCUUGGAAGGUGUAUACAUACAUAGACAUAUAUCUAGAGGAGAACAAUAAUAGAUUGUUAAACGAAUUGUAUCGGAAGGACUGUUUGCAGAUGAUGAAGCAAUCGGCAUCGUAUAGGUUACAACGCGCGCUUCAUUGAACGGUUAGAUUUAUGUAGACGACACCACACUGUAGCUGCAUUUUGGAAGGUGGGCAGAGGAGAGCCUGCACAAUGUAGCUAUUGUUGUGUGUUCUGCUCUGCCUAUCCUUAACGUAUAAAAUAAACGUUAGAGUUUCAUGAAAAGCUAAGCAAUAUACGAAA